UUUAUUUAAUGAAAAACAUUUGUAAAUUAUUUCAAAAUUAUUAAACAUUUUGCGGUCAUGUAUACACAUAAGUUUGUUAUGUGACUAAAUUCAAAAUCAAGCAAAGGAAAACAUUUCUCUCUCUGUUUUCCGCCCCCCUUCUCUUUGUCUCUGUCUGCUUGCAAAAUUUACUAUAUAAAUCAAAAUUCAGGUACUGAGUUAAUCCAAUGGAGAGGGGGAAGGUACAUUGGUAUCAUGUGCAUGGAUAUGGCGAAAUGUUUGGAAAAGCAUUUGGGCACUGGAAUGUGGCAUAGCUACUUGCCGGUCUCAUACGUAAAACAAUUGGAAUCGGCGGGAGCUGUCGUCAUACCCAUUUGGAUUGGCCGCGAUCGCGAUUACUAUGAGGGGAUAAUGAACCUGGUGAAUGGCGUGCUGUUGCCUGGCGGCGCUGUGUUUCUGGACGAGGACGAGACGAAGGAGUUUAAGGAGUCCAAGGAGUUCAAGGAGUCAAAGGAGCAGCCGCGUUUGACAAACGAUUGUGUGGCAGCUGCACAGCAUAUCUAUGAGAUUGCGAUGCGCAAGAAUGCGGCAGGCGAACACUUUCCGCUGUGGGGCACUUGCCUCGGCUUUCAGCUGAUGAUGAUCAAUGCAGCACGAACCAAAGAAGUGCGCACAAUGUGCCGCAAGCCGCGCUUCGAAGCGUUACCACUGCAACUGACUCACGACUACGCCGAAUCCCAGAUGUUCAAAGGAAAACCCGCCGAGUUGGCUCAACAGAUGACUCGAGAGCCAUUUGCCUGCCAUCAACAUAGAUAUGGAAUACCUGAAACCCAGCUGCGUCGCUUUAAACUACACGAGGAUUGGCAUGUGUUGGCCACGCGGGAGGACGAAGAAGAUGCGCCGCGAUUCGUGACACUCAUCGAGCAUCGCAAAUAUCCGAUCGCCGGGGCGCAAUUUCAUCCCGAGAAAGUGGCACACGAAUUGCUUUUCGCCAAGCCUGAUACUUGCCAGGCAUCGCACACUUCAAGCUGCAUUAAGUUGGCUCAACAUUUUGCCGAUUUCUUUGUGAAUGCGUGUCGUCGCAAUGCGAAUAGAUUUGCCAGCCCAGAGCAACUGGCAUGUCACAUGAUCUGCAAUUGGAAGCCGGUGUUUUGUGGCAAAUUCGCCAGCUCACAUUGGGUGGAAUGCUAUGUCUUCGAACAGGACGUGGACUAUCCCAAGGAGGUGGCAAUUGUAGAAGAGAAGGUGCAACAACCCCUUGCGGCAUCGAAGUAAAGUAAAUUCCAGAAAACUUUCCAUUCUCGGUACUUUUCCGCCUCGUCGCCUUUUGGGCAUGCAAAUAUUUCGUAUACGCAGUGGAGGCUCGUCAUUGUCGAAGGUGUGUGUUUGUCUUGUCUGUAAGUGUAUGAGUGUGUGUGUGUUUGUGUGUGCCAAUGUGUGUGUGUAAUUAGCCCUUGUUGCUAGUGCGCAUUUGUCUGGCGCGUGCUCAGAACAACACACUCUUAAAGUCGCACACCUGCGUUUUGGCUAACCGUAGCGUAAAAAUAAAAAUAAUUGUCUGUCGUCGUCUGUA